GCGGGGUUCCGGUUCCGGGAAUGGCCGCGAUUCCGAUGGGAGGUCCGCCCCUCACCCGGCUGAGGGCUCAGAGGGAGCUGUCCGUUGCCGCACCCGAUUCUACUAUCAAGACCCUGCCCUUACGGGCCGCCGGACCCCCAGAUGUGGAUGGCAAUCAACCUUAUCUUUACUGGCCUUUCGCUACAAAUGAUUUGUACAACUGGAAGGCACAGAACCCUAAGUUCUCCGAGAAGCCAGGGGGACUUAUUGACUUGCUAGAUUCUGUUCUUUUCACCCAUCAGCCCACAUGGGAUGACUGUCAGCAGCUUUUACAGGUCCUGUUCACAACGGAGGAGAGAGAGAGAAUCCUCAAUGAAGCCCGGAAAGUGGUUCCCGGUGUAGAUGGAAAUCCAACCACCAACCAGGCACAGAUAGAUGUCUCUUUCCCCUUAACUAAGCCUAACUGGGACUUCAACACGGCAGAAGGUAAGGAGAGGCUCCGAAUCUACCGCCAGACUCUGAUCAGGGGUCUCCAUAUGGCUGCUAGGAAGCCUACCAAUUUAACCAAGGUAGGGAAUAUACAGCAGGAAAGAAAUGAGUCUCCAGCUGCCUUUCUGGAGCGGAUCAUGGAGGCAUAUCGCACCUAUACCCCCAUGGAUCCAGAAGCUCCAGAAAAUAAGGCAGCUGUGGUCAUGAGUUUUAUAAACCAGUCAGCCAUAGACAUUAGAAAGAAACUGCAGCGGAUAGAUAGAUUAGGGGAAAAGAGUUUUCGGGACUUGCUGGAGGUGGCUGAAAAGGUGUAUAAUAAUCGAGAAUCUCCUGAGGAUAGGCAAGCCCGCGCCAUGGUGACUGCCAGUGACAAGCAAACCCGAAACCUGGCCAAGAUUCUGCUAGCCACCACCAUGGAGUCCCCAGAGGACCGGACCCGCCGCCUUCGCCAGCUUGCUGAUGACCAAGAAGAAGCCUGCCGCUCGCGCCUCAAAGCCAACCCCUGUUCGCCUUUGAAUGGCACGAUCCAGAGGAAGGCUACAGUGGACAAUUAGCCUGGACACGAUUACCCCAAGGGUUCAAGAAUUCGCCCACCAUCUUCGACGAGGCGCUACAUGAGGACCUCGGGACCUUAGGGUACCGGGCCUCUGCGAAGAAAGCUCAGAUAUGCCAAGAGAGGGUG